UCAUUUUCCCAAUUUCUCUGCUCUCUCUGUGCAAUGUCCUCUCAGUUGAGAUAGGAUCAGGUAAAUUCAUUUCCCCAAUUUCUCUGCUCUCUCUGUGCAAUGUCCUCUCAGCGCGCAGAUCUAGCGUGCCGGAUCUUCCCGGAACCCGAUGCAUCCCAAAUCGACCACUUCGACCGCCUCCCGGAUUCCCUCCUCCUCCUCGUCUUCAACAAGAUCGGCGACGUAAAAGCCCUAGGCCGCUGCUGCGUCGUUUCUCGCCGCUUCCACUCCCUCGUCCCCCAGGUCGAAAACGUCGUCGUCCGCGUCGACUGCGUCAUCUCCGACGACGACUCUUCUUCCUCCUCCGCCGCCUCCGACAAGUCCCGCGGCCCUUUCUGGAACCUCCUCCGCCUCGUCUUCGGCGGAAUCGUUAAGCCCAUCCAAACCCUCGGCCAGUUUCUCGGCCCCAAACGCCCAUCCUCUUCCUCCCCCACCCCAUCCUCCUCCAUUGCCGUCGGCACCGAUGAUGACUCAGACGCCGGCGUCACGCACCACUCCCCCACUCAGGUCCUCAAAAACUUCAACGAGAUUCGCCUCCUCCGGAUCGAGCUCCCCAGCGGUGAGCUUGGCAUCGAAGACGGUGUCCUCCUUAAAUGGUGUACUGUAUGUCCCAUCGGUCAAUCGGCCAAAACCAAUCCUCAGGUCCAUCUGGUUGGAAAAACUCGUACAUAAAACACCAGAGACGACCUGGUAAAUAAAUUGCGUAGGUCCAUUCCGACGGCAAGAGCCGCCGCUCGCCCUCGCCAACUACUGCUGGUAGUGCGGUACCUGAGCCCUAAGCUGUCAGUCGCCACUUUAAUAGGUCUCAAAUUCAGUCCUUCGAAAUCAAGUUCGUGCGUGAAGCACGAAUCUUCAACUAGAAAUUUGAGAAGCUCAAACCCGCUGCCGAGGAGGUCGAGCACGUGGUGGCGCUAAUGCUUCCCCUGUGAAGGUCAAAGACGGUGUUGUGAUUGUCCUGUGAGAUUUUUAUCGUCAUUCAUUAUAAAAUUGUAGACAUUUGUUUAUUUUGAUACAUUUUUGUGUUUGGGAUUGGUAUUGGUUUGGGUUCUGAGAUUUUCAGUGAUAUGAUAUGGUUUUCCAGUGAAGUUGUAAUUGCACCUUUAUUGUGUGUUUAUUGGUUUAGGUCUUUCCUAUAUAUAUAUAUGUGAUUAUGUGA